UUCAAAUGCUGUAGAAUGUUGCGUGGCUUUAAAAAUGGCCCUCUUAGAACAACUUCCGUUUAUUAGCGUGUCGUUGUAGGAAGGAGUUGCUGAAAGAGUAAUUACCCGGACGGCUAGAUCACAGCACCAGUGCAGACGUGUUCUUUUGCGUUCAAUCACUGGUUCUUGUACCGCACGUAGACAGAUCUUGUAGUCAACAUUUACAAACAUGGCAAUCCGCAAGAAAACUAACAAAAAUCCUUCGGUUUUUAGCCACGAGUUUAUCAUCCAGAACCAUGCAGAUAUUGUUUCCUGUGUUGCUAUGGUGUUUCUUCUUGGGCUGAUGUUUGAGGUUACGGCAAAGUUUGCUGUGUUGUUCGUCACUGUCCAGUAUAAUGUCACCAUCACAACCAACGAGGGACCAGAUGAAACCUCCAUCAAUUUUUUCCAUCAUGGUUUGAAAGACUUGGCCACGGUUUUCUUCUACAUGCUUGUAGCAAUUAUCAUGCAUGCCAUCAUCCAAGAAUAUGUGCUAGAUAAAAUUAACAGGCGGAUGCAUUUUUCCAAAACAAAGCACAGCAAGUUUAAUGAGUCUGGACAACUCAGUGCCUUCUACUUGUGUUCUUGUGUCUGGGGAGCAAGCAUACUUGUCUCAGAACAUUUUCUAUCAAACCCUGUCCGUUUAUGGGAAGGCUAUCCUCAUACCCUGAUGUCGUUCCAGAUGAAGUUUUUCUACAUCUGUCAGAUGGGAUAUUGGUUACAUGCUUUACCAGAGCUCUAUUUCCAAAAAACCAAAAAAGAAGAUUUUCUACGCCAGCUUGUUUACAUUGGCCUCUACCUUGUCCAGAUUGGAGGAGCUUAUCUUUUAAACCUGAACCGCUUGGGAUUGGUCUUAUUGGUGCUGCAUUAUUUUGUAGAGCUCCUUUUCCAUGUUUCUCGUCUCCUCUACUUCAGCAAUGAGAACAAACAGGGAGGUUUCACUAUUUGGGCGAUCCUGUUUGUCCUUGGCCGGCUGCUCACACUGUCUCUGUCUGUCCUUACCAUUGGAUUUGGCCUUGCCGGAUCUGAACAACAAGGCCUGGAUCUCUCUUCUGGAAAUUUCAAUGUGCUGAUUGUGAGGAUUACUGUGCUGGCGGCAAUCUGUAUCACACAGGCCUUCAUGAUGUGGAAAUUCAUCAACUUCCAGCUGCGCAGAUGGAGAGAGCAUGCUCAGACACAGCCCAUGAAAAAGAAGCCUGUUGCAACAAAAAGCAAGUCGUCCAAAAAAGAAAAUAAAGCAAAUGGCGUGAAUGGAGCAGUCGCUUCCAAUGGAGCAGACUCCCCACGAGCAAGGAAAGAGAAAUCAUCAUAACUUGACGCAACAAAUAAACAGAUCUCCAUCCCUACUAUUCCCAUUCAGACUUUAUCCAUUCUAUAGAGGAAAAAGUCUUUGACAACCUGUUCUGAAUUUACACAAAUCAUCAAAAUGCGUGUUAAACUGUAAAAGCACAGAACUAAAAUUAAAUUGGUGAUAAUCUGUACUGUAUGUUAAAGUCCAGACUAGUACAAAAAAGGCACCACAUUAUACAGGAACUGUAUUAAAACAUUAAACUUUUUGGACCGUGCAAAAGCUGUUACCUUUUUUUUUUUUUAAAUUUUAUUUCCAUUUAAUUUCUUGCAUGCCUAAUCAUAAGUGGUUGCUUGGGGAACAUGGGUAUUGUUGAGGAAGGAGUAAAAAGCCAAGUAGGCAAUACAAUUGAAAUCCUUGUAGUGACAUUAGAAUGCCCAGUAAUUUGUCAUCUUUUAGGACCGGAAAUGUAAUAUGUUUCAGAAUUUUUCAAUGAUCAAUCUUGCAAGAUGUGUUUUAUCCUAGCUUUAACAUACAGUACAUUGUAUCAAUCUGUCACUAACAACAUAUAUUUUUGGAUAAGAGAUCUUUUAUAUUUAUACGAUUUUGAAGACAACUAUCUUUUUAAAGCUAUAUGCUUGAUGAUGCUGGGUAAAGAAAAACUAAACCAUUAAAUGUUAGUCAUGAGGGCUUUGCCAUUCUUUGUUUUUCUGUUGCCAAAUUCUGUGCAUUAGCCUAAUUUAACAUUGUAAAAUCUGUAACUUAAAAUGCUCCAUGUUGUAUUUUGUAUCCUAUUCUGUAUGUCUUGUGUGUUAAUGAUAAGGAGAAGCUUGAAUAAUGGUGUUCUGCCUGUGAGCGUACCAAGUAUUGUGAGAAACAUGAGCUACAGAAACAUCUGGAUAUAGUUGUCAUUCUGCUCUGUUCUAAAAGGAGGAGUGGGAGGGGGGGAUAAAAUACAUGUUAAUGUAGAAGGGUGGGAAGCAAACUAAAGAAUCAGACCCUUCAGAGCUGUUCAUUUAAACUCUUCACUUGUGCAUGUGCCUUUUGUCUAUUUUGUUAUACUUUUAGUUUGUGCCUUACCUGUUACAAUGUUCAAACCAUAAUCUCAACAAUAAAAUACAAUUUAAAAAAACCUUUUUUCUUGCAUUGGGGACUAAAUAGUGUUUUGCAUAUAUCUAAAGAACUAGCUGUGCAAUUGAGAUUAAACUUGCCAAGGACAUUCAUUAGCAAAGCUUAUUCAUAGUAUUAGAAUAUGGGGAUAAACAGGCUGUGUGUUAGACCAACAUUUCUACAUAAAUCGAAGAAAAACACUUCUCCAGUAAUGAAACUUGCUAUGGGUCUUUAGCACAGGUUAUGGAGUGUAUUUGUGUCCAUAUGUUCUAUUACUUUCUUGCAUACCGGGAUAUAUAGAGAUACACUUCCUGCUCAACUGCAAAAAAAACUUGGUUUGGUCUUAUUUAUUGAAACUCAGGAUGUUGGGAUAUAAUGAGGCACAUGUGUUACUUAUAUUUUUACAUGUGUACAGUGGGAGUAGGUCAUUGUGAUGUACAUUUUCAUGUUGGCUCUAAUUUUUCUGUUGCAUUUAACUGGUUUUCACUAAACCUGAUUCUGCAAGUUCCAUUGUUAAAUGGUAAACUGAAUUCCCAAUUGUGUGAAGUUCUGCAAUCUUAACUAUCGUAGGACAUAACUAGAAAACCUUCUUCAAUGUAAUUAUUCUUAAUUGUUUUUUUGGUUUUUCCCCCCAACCCAGUAACUUGUUUGUUAAUACAUGUUAUAGUAAUCCCUUUAAAAUCGGAGUCCAAGUUCAUUGAAUCCUCAAUGUUUGCAUAUGUGAGAUUCAAAAUGUCCCACUCUUUAAAUGGGAAAUAAAGAAAGCCUUCCCAGA